CCCUCCUCCAUCACUCCUUCUCUCUCUAAACCUUCCUCGUCAUUGUUUUCAAUUUUAUUUUCUCUCACCACCCAAAAGUCAGCGCCGUCCUCUCUGCCUCUGCCUCUCUCUCCUCGCCCAAUUGCAUGAACCGGAGACGACGAAGCAUUGCACCCAGAAAGAGGAACCCGAGUUCGGAGGUUGGCCUGUCUCGAGGUACUCGCUCGUUCUGCCCUCAAUGGCCGAAGACUGGGAUCUGAGCGCCCUGGUCAGGAGCUGCUCCUCCGCCGCCGCCGCCGCCUCCGCCUCCGCCGCCGCCGCCCCGGGGAGCGAGAGGACGCUGGCUUGCUUGGCCUCGUUGACUUUCGGGGAGGAAGAGGACGGCCCGUUUGGGUUUCCGAAUCUCGUCGAGCCCAGAAAUGGAGCUCUCGACGAGCUGCAGGAAUUGUACAGACCCUUUUACCCUGACGUCGACCGUUCCCUCUCGCUCGCUUCCGAUUUCGCGGCCGCCAACGGCUUCCGCGCGCCGGUCUCGCCGAACGCCGCCGUCGGCCCUCGCUUCAACCGCGCUUCCUCGGCACCUGCCAUUGGAGCCCUCCAAGCUCCUCCUCCGCCGCCGCCGCCGCCGCAGCUGAAGAUGAAACAGGCGGUGCACCACCAGGGCUUCGACCGGAAAGUGCUUCCCGCUCGGCCCGUUUCUUCUACGUUCCCUCUACCCGCCAUGCAGGCUCAGACACCAAGAUCUAGAAAAAGGAAGAGCCAGCAGAAGAAGUCGGUUUGCCAUGUGACGGCGGAGAAUCUGUCGUCCGAUCCGUGGGCUUGGCGUAAGUACGGUCAAAAACCCAUCAAAGGCUCUCCAUUCCCGAGGAACUAUUACAGAUGCAGUAGCUCCAAAGGUUGUUCGGCGAGGAAGCAAGUGGAGCGGAGCAACGCCGACCCGAACAUCUUCAUCAUCACCUAUACCGGCGACCACACCCACCCCCGUCCCACCCACCGCAACUCCCUCGCCGGCAGCACCCGCAACAAGUUCACCACCUCCUCCUCCUCCCUCCAGAAACCCGACCCGAUCGGCCCGGCCCAUUCCGCUCCCGCCGCCCCGUGCUCCUCCUCCACCGCCAGCCUCUCCCCGACGACCCCCCUGACGGCCCCGAUCGACGAGGAGGUGGCCCAUCACGGCGCUCUCCUGAUAAGCGACGACCUGGGCAUGGACAAGGAGAGCGAGGACUUGGUCGGAGACGACGAGGACAACGACCGCGAGGAGGAAGAUGAGGACGACCUGCUGAUACCCAACGUGGCGGCCAUGAGCGAAGAGAUCUUCAUGGGGUUCCGAGAGCUCGGCCGGAGCCCGGCUUCCGGAGACAACUUCUCGUCGGGCCCGGGCCGGGCGGACUUUACCCGGUUCAGCUCCGCCGCUGCCGGCGCUGGCGGGGGCCCUUGAACCGCCGGAAAAAAGUCACAAAGUCGGAGGCUUGACGUGGAUAUUUAUACAUACAUAGAGUUGGAUCGUUUCGUACAUGAAAGCUUUCUCUUUUUUUCUUUUCUUUCUUGAUAGAUCUUCGUCCACCACCAACUAGGCAUAGAAAGGGAUUAGAUAGGAAGAAUCUCUCUUCCGUCCGCCCCCAUCACCAUGCUUUUCUCUCUUCCUUUCACUUUUCAGUUCUCUCUCUCUCUCUCUCUCUCUCUAUCACUUUUCUUCACCCGUCUUCUUUCUUCGUUUUCAAUUUUCUCGUCUUCGAGUCUUACCUUUCGGUUUUGUAUGUACAGAAACAAUUGUAGGCGUCCAUGAUCUCCUGUGCGUGGAAUAUCGACGUGAGCAUGAGCUUUAGCAGCUUCAAA